AACCAUUACAAUCUGAUUCCUCUACUUUAUGAAAGUUACACUACUCAAAAUUUCCGCAUUUCAGUCUCUUUGGGGACACUGCAUGAAGCUAUUACAUGGUGCUUCAAACGAUUUUUAGUUUGAUGGUUGUCAAAGGGUGAUGAUCAAGUCUCCGAUUGACGAUAUUAUUGAUAAUGACUUUCGGAAUUAGUAUUGACGAGGUGAAGUACUUCUUGAGGAAGUUUAUGGUUAUGCAUUGUUGAGUGUUUAUUCGGGCGUUUGGAUUAGUUAUGGGAGAGCAUGUAAUAAGUUAGCUCAUUGUAUAGCUGGUAAACCUCUUUGUUUGUUUUCAUUGAGCUUAGUAGUUAGUAGGAUUUGAUUUUAUUGAUCGUGGUUGAGUCCAUGAGGUAAACAUGUAUCUUUAUCAUCUGUCUAUUCUGAAUGACCUUAAACAACAACAACAACAACAAAAAGUUUAUCGAUCCUUUCACGACAUCAUUUUCCUUUUAUUCGAAAGUCUACUAAUUAGGAAAAACUGUUGUUGAUAUCCGAGCAUUGUUAACUUCUACCAUGUAGGUUGUGCCAAAUAUCAAUGCCCACUUAAUCAUUAAGGAAAAAAUUACCGAUUAUCCUGCUAAAAAGAUAGACUUUGGUAGAGAAGUGUCGAGAUCAACACAGGUCAUCGGAAGUGAUUCAUUAAUGAUAAUUCAACACCAAAAUUCAUUUUAGAGAGAUCAUUAUAAAGAUGGAAUCAAAGAGAUCAAUAGUGAAUUUCUAUAAAAACUUGAGGACUGAAUAAGAAAUUAUUGACAGCAAUAACCAAAUAAAUCCAAUGAGGUGGCGGCUAUUAGUUACACUCCUUCAUAUUUGAGUCACAUUAUGUAGAUAGGCACCAAGCCUAGUGGACUAAUGAGUAACAGCCAGCCGCCCCCACCACUCUCUCUCAUCGGUCUCAAUCGUCGCCUUCUACUUCUUGCCGUUGCGGAAAAAAAAUAUCCAUAUUUAUGCGGGACGUGACCAGCAAGAAGUUAGAAGUCGCAAUAUAAAAUAUAAUAUUAAUAUUAAAUUUGAAUAAUCAUAAUUCAUAACCCCCUGGUAUUUUAGCAGUUGAGGUAUUACCUGAAACGCCUGGAUAAUAACAACAAAAGAUUCGGAUAAUUAAACCACAAGCAGAAGAAUAGAAUAGGAAGGAAUCUCGAAGGUGCAUGGAUCUGAAAACAUAUCCCAAGCAGCCAAAGCUAUAAUUAAAAUGCGAGAGAGGUUUUAAACGUUGCUUUAUAGUACUUAAACCUUGUGUACAUUAGUUUAUUAUUAGAAGUGGGCCAAAGCCCACCAACAAGUUGAGCUAACUUAUCCAAUAAAAAUAACACCAAAAAAAAGUUUGGAUCCUAGUUCCUCCUGGCGGGCCCAACCACUCCCCACGUCACCCUUCCUCCUUCCUCCUUCCUUCUCCCUUCCUUUUCCCACUCAGCCACUCUCACGUGCCUUCCUUCCUUUCCUCCCCACUUCAAAACUGCCGUCCAACUUUAUCUGCUCAUCCCCAAUAUAUAAACCAGAACCUCAACCGCUUCCACUUCCAGAACAUAUUCCCAAUCCCUAAUUCGGCAAAUUCCCUUUCUCUUCUCACCGAAUGGCCGCCGUCCGCCAACGCCGCCAGCUCAACCUCCGCCUCCCUGAACUCGCCGCCGACCGCCGCCCUCGCUUCCCGGUCCCCCUCCCUCCCUCCGCCCCCACCACCACUUCCUCCUCCUUCCUCUCCUCCGACCUCGAUAAGCUCUCCGUACUCGGCCACGGCAACGGCGGCACCGUCUACAAGGUCCGUCACCGCCGCACCUCCCAGAUCCACGCCCUCAAGCUCGUCCGGGCCGACUCCGACCCCGCCGCCCGCCGCCAGCUCCUCCGCGAGGUCGAGAUCCUCCGCCGCGCCUCCGACUCCCCCCACAUCGUCCGCUGCCACGGCGUCGCCGAGACGCCCUCCGGCGACAUGACGAUUCUGAUGGAGUACAUGGACCUCGGGACGCUCGAUUCGCUGCUCAAGAGCGAGGGAUCCGAGUUCUUCACGGAGUCGAUCCUCGCCGGAAUCGCCCGCCAGGUGCUCGCCGGGCUCGACUACCUCCACGGCCGGAAAAUCAUCCACCGCGACAUCAAGCCGUCGAACUUACUUGUCAACGCCGCGAUGGAGGUCAAGAUCGCCGACUUCGGGGUCGGGAAAAUCAUGUGCCGGACGCUCGAUGCCUGCAAUUCGUACGUCGGGACGUGUGCUUACAUGAGCCCCGAGCGAUUCGAUCCCGAUUCGUACGGAGGGAACUACGACGGCUACGCCGCCGACGUCUGGAGCUUGGGAUUGACUCUGUUGGAGCUCUAUAUGGGACACUUCCCGUUCUUGCCGCCCGGUCAGAGGCCGAAUUGGUCGAGCUUGAUGUGUGCGAUUUGCUUCGGCGACCCGCCGCCGCUGCCGGAGGGCUCGUCGGAGGAGUUCAGGAGCUUUAUCGAGUGUUGCUUGCAGAAGGAUUCUAGUCGGCGGUGGACGGCGGCGCAGCUGCUGUCGCACCCGUUCGUUUUGAAAGCAGUUGUGUAGGGUCCGAAACCCGAACAUGACCCGACCCGGUUGAGCUAAGGAGUGAAUCUGAAAAUAGUAGUGGAUUCCACUUUGCUACUUGGGACCUUUCGUUAAUUUUUUCCUAACGUUCUUGUAAAUCCGUAUCCUUUAAUCUUUUUCAUAUCUUUGGAUGAAUUAAAGGCAUUCCGCUUGUAAACUCGCCAUUGAAGAAGUUUAUCAAAGGAGAACUUUUUUGGCAUUAUUUAUCCCUCUUGGUUUGUAAAAUGUUAUUAGCUAGAAAAUUCCUCCAACAUGAGGAAUUGUAACGGAUCAAUUUGAUAUAAUUGUUUCGUUUUAAGACAAUUGUAUCAAAUUGCCUCGUUUGCCAACAAAAAAUUUGGAUAAAUCAAUCUGGCUGAGGUAUUUUGAAUUGAUCCAUUUUGAGUCAAUUUCAAUUACCUGAGGUGAGGGCAGGUAAUUCGAAUUGACUCGUUUUAAUUGCCUCGUUUAUAAAACGAGUCAAUUUGUCAUUUCUAGAUUGAUCCAUUCAAACGACCCCGAAAUGAAUUGAUGAUCCAAUUAAUGUUAUCGUGGUUAUUUACAAAAUAAAUUAAUCAUUGAAUU